AUGCCAAAGUCAGCGAAGUCGAAGCCCAAGCGGACGUGUCCGCUCGAGAAGCAGCUGGCGUUCGACAACAAGCCAUGGUACGACCACAGCGCAAAGAGCGGCCCCUCGGCCAACGGCCACAUGGACGACGACGACAAUGACGACGACAAUGACGACGACAUGGCGCCAGACGUUGUGCCGGAGAAGUUGAGUCGCCGGACGUUGGCGCUCGCGCGGCAGCAACAGGUCGAAGAGCAGCAGCGGCAGCAGAAGGAGCGGACCCGUCGAGUCGGUCGACAAUCGGCUGCGUCAGCUGCAGGACCACAGGUCGACGUCGACAAGAGCAGUGACGAGUCGGACGAGGACGAGCUGAAGGACGUCGCUGACGUGGACAUGGACGAGUGCGACGGCCAGGAGGACCUCGUGCGUGUGAAUGGCGACUACGUGGAAGAAGUUGAACUGUGCGACGACGACGAGGAAGCGCUUGCGGCGUUUAGCGUGGGCGCCCCCGAGCGUCGGAAUCUCGCCGACAUUAUCAUGGACAAGAUCUUUGAGAAAGAGGCGCGGGAUCGCGGCGAGGGGCCCGAGCAGGACGAAGAUGUGCUGCAACGGGGCAAGUUUGACGCCAAGAUCGUGCAAGUGUACACGGGCGUGGGCAAGAUCUUGCAGCGCUACACGUCGGGCAAGUUGCCCAAAGCGUUCAAAGUGAUCCCGAGCUUGAGUUACUGGGAAGACAUUCUGUGGCUCACGAGUCCAGCAAAGUGGUCGCCUCAUGCAAUGCGCGCCGCCACGCGCUUGUUCGCGUCCAACUUGAACCCAAAGAUGGCGCAGCGCUUCUUCAACAUCUUUCUCCUCGAGCACGUGCGACAAGACAUUCACGAGAACAAGCGGCUGAACUUUCACUUGUACAUGGCGCUCAAGAAGGCGCUGUACAAACCCCAGGCGUUCUUCAAAGGGAUUGUCAUCCCGCUCUGUGAGAGCCGGAACUGCACGCAGCGAGAAGCUGCAAUCGUUGGCAGUGUCUUGUCCAAAGUGUCGGUGCCCGUGAUCCAUUCCGCGGCAACGCUGAUGAAGCUCGCGUCCAUGGAGUACGCCGGCGGCAACAGCAUGUUUAUCCGCGUGCUGCUCAACAAGAAGUACAGUCUGCCCACGCGCGUGAUCGCCGAGUUGAGUCAGCACUUUGUGCGCUUCACGUCCGACACGCGCACGCUGCCCGUGUUGUGGCACCAGUCGCUGCUCGUGUUUGCGCAGCGCUACAAGAACGACAUUCCCAAGCAGCACAAGGAAGCGAUGAAAGCGCUGUUCAAGCAGCACUUUCACCACCAGAUCACGCCCGAGAUCCGUCGCGAGCUCUACAACGAGGCGUAG